UACUUACAAGGCCCAACACAAUUUAGGGUUUUAUUCAACCUGUAGUUAAUAUUUUUGUGUUCAAGGGUUCACGGGGAAGGGGGAGAGGGCGUGGGAGACAGCUUAUCUCAUCGUCGACAAACAUGGGUAUUUCACGUGAUUCAAUGCACAAGAGGCGUGCCACUGGUGGCAAGAAGAAGUCUUGGAGGAAGAAGCGAAAGUAUGAGCUUGGUCGCCAGCCUGCAAACACCAAGCUUGACACCCUCCAGAAAACAGUCAGAAGAAUUCGUGUUCGAGGUGGAAAUGUGAAAUGGAGGGCCUUGAGAUUGAACACAGGAAACUAUUCAUGGGGUAGUGAGGCUAUCACUCGUAAGACACGUAUCCUGGAUGUUGUCUACAAUGCCUCUAACAAUGAGCUUGUCAGGACUCAGACACUGGUCAAGAGUGCAAUUGUUCAGGUCGAUGCUGCCCCUUUUAAGCAGUGGUACCUCACACACUAUGGUGUUGAUAUUGGUCGGAAGAAGAAGGGAGCUGCAAAGAAAGAUGAAGCUGAGGAGGGAGAAGGUAUUGCCCAGGAAACCAAGAAGAGCAAUCAUGUGUUAAGGAAACUUGAGAAACGACAGGCGGCCCGUAAGCUUGAUCCUCAUGUUGAGGAGCAGUUUAGUUCAGGAAGGUUGUUGGCUUGCAUUUCAUCUCGCCCAGGACAAUGUGGUAGAGCCGAUGGAUACAUCCUGGAAGGUAAGGAGCUUGAGUUCUAUAUGAAGAAAAUCCAAAAGAAGAAGGGCAAGGCUGCUGGUGGUGCUUAAUCAUGAACUUAUGUCAAGUUUACCCGGCCGAAGUUUUCUUAUCACUUGGGUUGUCAAAAUGCGACCUACCCCUUCUUAUGUAGGUUUAUAUUUACUACUAAGCUAAAAUACUCCUUGGGGAUCAUGUCUUGACCAUAUAGUACUCAGAUUUAGCGAAUACUCAUAAUCAGCGAUGGUUAACUAGGUUUUAUGAUACUGUUUUGUUGGUUGUAUUUUUUAUACGCAUUAUUGUAAGAUUUCAUAGUGAUCUAUCUACUAAAUAUGCUUUUUCCUUGGUA